CACACAUUCAAGGUGCCUUCCAUCUCUCCAUCCAUUUUUGUUCUUUCUCUCCUGUAUUCAAGUAUAUUGCAGCUGAGUUGGGGCAGGAGGUGGGCUGCACCCUGGACACAUCACCUGUCAAUCACAGCACUGAUGUACAACCAAUCAAUGCGUGUUGAGGGAGGUGCAACAAACUGCCAGUCAAAAGACCAUCUGUUAUAAAUAUUCAGUACUGUCAUCGACAACUGCCGGCAUGAAGAUGAUGAUGCAGGUGCUCAUCGCGACUGCUCUCAUGUGGACUACUAGUAGGUUAUACUGUAUGUUAUGACGAACAUCUUUCAUGUCCAGCUGAGCGGGACGCUUCCUGUAUUUGCUUGCUUUGAGUGCACGUGUCACGCAGGCUGUGAGGAGGUGUUCUACGUCAAGGAAGGAGACACAGUCACCCUGAGGCUGGAAGAGCUCGAGGCCAACGCCGACUACUUGUACUGGUCCCACAGUAAUCUCCGCAAAGGCCGGCUGGCCUGGCGGAACCCCUUGGCUGGCUGGUCAUUAACGAAAGAUAAGCGUUGGAUCAGCAGGUUGUCCAUAUCCAGAAACGCACUGAGCAUCACAGGAGUCCAAGAGCAUGACUUUGGCACUGUGGUCUUUUCAAGAUACCUUAAUCAAGAUGGUGGUGCCACUCCAAUGAAAAUCUUUAGAAUCUCCAAAAUCACAGUAUCUGUCAACUCAGCAUAUUCUCCUGCGCUGCCCGAAGAAGACGUGACACUCUCCUGCCAUGUGGAGACACCUCAAAGUCACCCGAGGCCUGACAUAUACUGGUUGAGUCCGGCGGGAAAGAGGAGUCGUCAGACCGGAGGAGAGCUCAUCAUUUAUGUCUCGGGCCGAGACAAUGGCUGGUGGAGCUGUGUUGUUGUGAAGGAUGGCGGGGAGGACACGGCUUCAGUUUUCGUUUCGGUUCUUUACCUCUCUCCAGCUCCCGAGUAUCCUCUGUACACCUCAGAACAUUCGUCUCUCAGCAUCCCCUGUCCCUUUGCCCAUAAUGUCUCCUGGGAACAAUUCAAAUUCAGGGGCGUCAAGAAAGCCCGCUGGCGCUACUCUCCAAAGACUUUAUCCCCUCGUAUCCUCAUAAAUCCACAGAACAUCUUGUUAUUCUCCCCGAUGGAUAAUAAAUGGUGCUGGAGUGCUAACACAAGCAGGGGAAUGAGUUUUGUUGCAGACCUCCAAAAUGACCACAUGAUUUUGAGCAAAAAACAAUGGAGAGCAGAAGACAGAGGAUUCUACAUGUGCGACUUCAAAUUUAGCAACCACAUCUAUCUGCGCAGGGUUGAGAGAGUUGAGGUGCUACAGGUUGUGUCGUCUGCGGGAUCGGAGCUUAGCAGAGGCCAGAGCGUCGAUCUGACCUGUAGCCUGGGCCGCCCGUUGCCCAAAGACCAUUGGGUGAAGUGGUUUACACCCGAGCGCGCCGCUGUGCGGUCUCUGCUCGGCUCCGGGCGUUUGGACCCCGCCCAAAUCAACAUUCCAGACGUGGGCAUGGAUGACGGCGGCAGGUGGAGGUGCGAGCUGUGGCGGAAUGACACGAGGCUGACGUCCGCUGACAUCACGUUGACCGUCAGCCAACAGUUGAGUGCGUGGAUGCUUGGGAGCCUCUGCGGCAGUGCGGGCACCAUCGCCGUCCUCCUCUUCCUUAUUUACAUCAUCUGGAGACACCGACAGCGGAACACGAGACGCCACCGACGUCACGUCUGCCGCUGCAAACACCCCAAGCCCAAAGGAUUCUACACAAGAUAAUGCAUCCUGCAGCGUUUCAAAAUAAGGAUUGCGCUUUAAAAGGAGAAAGUGCAAGUCAUGUAGUGUGCCGACGCUAACAGAUGAUGUCGCCGAGCCCUCGGAACUGCAAUGUUGCUUAAUGCAUCACAGCAUAUUUUCCUUUUUAACAUUUUUUUAAGAUAAAAAUAAAAUGCGCACAUGCUUUUGCAUUGGACAGUGAAAA